AUGACAAGGUUACAAGACGUAGACUCGCCAGACAACCCCCACACACUAAAUACAGCUCUUUCACAGACAAUUGCAGUUCAAACAACCGCUGAGAGUGGCAUAAGCAAAAGCAGCAGCAACAGUUUUGAAGGCUCUCAUGAAACUGAAAAGGAGGCAAUUGAAACAAUUGCAAAGGACGAUUUCCCGGAUGGUGGUCUUCGAGCUUGGUUUGUUGUACUAGCUUCCUCAUUCAUUAUGGCCAUGUCAUUUGGAAUGUGCAAUUCAUAUGGUGUUUAUCAGACCUACUAUGAAAUAAAAUAUCCACAUGUUAGAACAAAUAUUCUUUCAAUUAUAGGUGCCUUGCAGACAGGUUUGACGAUGUUUUUGGCUGUUCCCUCGUCUGUAUGUAUGGUUUACAUUGGCCCGCAGGCGGUGGUUGCAAUUGGUUCGUUGUUAGCGUGUCUCUCAUUCAUGUUUUUGUCAAUCACUAAAUCUGUUGCUGAGGUAUUUAUUGUUCAAGGGCUAAUGUAUGGAAUAGGUUCAGGACUCAUGUAUGUUCAUUCAACGGGUGUCACAUUCCAAUACUUCAAGAGAAGAAAAGCACUUGCACAGGGAUUAAUUACCACUGGUGCCAGUUUAGGUGGCAUUUAUUGGCCCGUUGCCGUGAAGAGACUAAUCAAUAGUGUUGGAUUUGCGUGGGCUAAUAGAAUUAUUGGUUUCAUCUAUCUCCCCAUGGGUAUAGUGGCAACGGUGUUUUUAAAACCAAGAAUUAGAGUUCAAAAGCGUAAACCUGGUGAAAACAUCUUAGGUAUUAAUUUUGCAGUUAUGAAGGACUGGAAAUACUUGGUUAUUUCUUUCGCUUGGGUUUUGUAUCUUGUUUCGAUGGUUCCAGGGUUUGUCUUCAUAGAUUUGUAUUGCUUGCGUGCCGGUGUAAGUCCAGGCUUUCAAAAAUAUACAGUGACAAUAAUGAACUCGUGUGGGGCAGUAUUUAGAAUUCUUUGUGGAUUCUUUGGUGAUAAGUUUGGCAGAAUCAAUAUAACUAUUCCAUCCUUGUUCUUUGCAGGUCUUUUCCCUCUUGUUUUGUGGCUCCCAUCAUCAUUACAAUCUUCGCCAUCAUCUACACUUUCCAUCGUCUUUGUUGUUUUAUGGUCUUGCUUUGCGUCUAUGCCUAUUGCAUUGAUUCCUACAGUUAUAGGUCAAAUCUUUGAGGGACCAUACAUAUAUUCCUACCUCUCUGUCUUCCUUGUUCUAGGUGGUAUUGGCGAUUUUCUUGGUCCUAUUUUAGGUGGAUUGUUUUUACCUCAAGGUAAUACCCACAACGUCGAUGGUUUUGAUAACCUUGCCAUCUUCUGUGGAGUCAUUUCGCUAGUCUCUUCCUUUCUAAUGAUUUGCAUGAAACUUAUUUAUGGAGGAGUUAGGGGGAAAAUUUAA